AUGAUUCAUAAAGAAAAUCUUUCGAUUCCAGUUGUUGAGUCAAAUGACGAUUUAGUUAAUGAUAAAGAUAAUAAUCAAAUUACUUUCGACUACAGUAUCAAUACUGAAAUAGUUGAUUGGAUAAAACGAUUUUCUGACGAUGUUGUUUCGUAUUCAUUAAUUAGUACAUUGUCAAUAGCAAAAUCAUCAUCAAUUGUAGCAAUAACAUAA